AUGGGGGCUACAGAUGACGACCCCUCGUAUGCUUUCCCAGCGUGGACGCUCUUGUACGUGGUCGUGAUGGCCUUGUCCCUUGCGGCGUCGUUCACGGCAGCGCUGGCCCUGCACAAGUACUCGAAACUCGUGUCGUCGUGCAUCUGCUACGCCAUGUUGCACUUUUUCACGUGGAAGUCCAUCUACUCGCUGUUCCGGAUCACGGUGCUGGCGGUGCUCAUGGAACAGUUCAACCACAAGUCAUCAACUUGGUUCAUUCUCGACCGAGACCACGACAUUGGCGGGUUUCGCUUGGUCGGACACGAAAACGCAGACCACCUUGGGGACGUGGGGCCCCCUCCGUUUUACGUAAAAAUGGCCCUAUUCAUCGGGGACAUUUCGUUGUUGUCGGGGUCGUUUUGGAUGUUUGUGCUCGUGGCGGAACUGUUGCGCUUGGUGGUAUGUAUGGUUUGA